AUGGACCAACACCGACUUGAUCAACGUCUCUACCAGCAGACUCCGCAAGCCACAUUCACCACGACCAUCGCCUCUGGGAUCGCCCUCCUCUACAUCAUUCACCAGGUUCUACUCUACUUCGACUACCCCGUCCUCUCGCCACAAGAAGUGGCGUGGAAUGCCCUCGUCUACCUCCUCCCCAAGCAGCUACUGCUCGACUCGGCGCGAAGGCAGGAGCUCCAGGCCAACGACAUGCUGUCCCAGACCCACGCGGCCAAGAGUGAAGCCCUGCGGAGGAUGCUGGGCAUAGGAGGCAACGCUGUACUGCAGAAACUGCCGGCGGAAGGCAUCCUGCGAAGGGCGAGCUCGCUGGGCGCACGCAUGCAGCCACUUAAGUCAACGACAGAUGCGCCGGCUGGCUUGGGCAACUGGGACAAUUCGUGCUAUCAGAACAGCGUGCUGCAGGGGUUGGCUUCUCUCGACAGUCUCAAGCCGUAUUUGAUGCAGACUGGUGGUCAGGAAGUGGAGGCAAAGGACACUACGACAGAGAGCUUGCUUGAGACGGUCAACAGGCUUAACGAUGCCAGCAACAACGGCAAGCAGCUCUGGACACCGGCAAAGUUGAAGAGCAUGAGCAGCUGGCAGCAGCAGGACGCGCAGGAAUACUUCUCGAAGAUCAUGGAAGAGCUGGACAAGGAGGCUGCGAACUCCGUGGCUGUCUCUGUGUCGAAGCCAGGUUUGGAGAGCAUCGUGGAAGAGACAGAAUCACAGCAUGGCGAGGCAGACAUAGUAGGAGACGCUGCCGACGACCCUUCUACAUCCAACACCGAACGACACAACCCGCUCGAUGGCCUCUUGGCUCAGCGGGUCAUGUGCACACGAUGCGGUCACUCGGAUGGCCUCUCCAUGAUCCCUUUCAACUGCCUGACCGUUCCGCUUGGAUCAGCGCGAUCCUACAGUCUAGAUGUAUGCUUGGACGAAUACACAAAGGUCGAGGAGAUCCCAGAAGUUGAAUGCGCCAAGUGCACUCUUCUUCGCGCGCAACAGCAACUGGAGAAGAUGUUGCCCGUUCCGCCAAGCAUCAACUGUGUAGACACGGCGCCGCCUGUCAGCAGCAAGACUCUAGAGCUGCCACCAGAACUUCGCGCGCAAGCGUUCGCACGUUUGAGCGCGAUCCAGCAGGCCAUUGAGAAGGAUGACUUCGCUGACAGGACGCUGAAUGAGACCUGUUCCAUCCCCAAAAAGUCUCGGAUGUCAAGCACGAAGACAAGGCAGGCCGUGAUUGGAAGGCCGCCAAAAAGCCUGGUCGUGCAUGUCAAUCGAAGCGUCUUCGACGAGUUGACGGGAGCACAGAGGAAGAAUUAUGCCAGCGUCGAUUUUCCUGCGACGCUCAACCUGAAUUCGUGGAUCGUGAAGACCGCAGAGGGUGAGCAAGCAAGUGAGAAAUCGAGCUCUCUCUUACCAGAGCCAACACCGGGUAGCAGCAAUGGCGAGAACAUCUACCGCAUCAAAGCAGUCGUCACACACUAUGGACGCCACGAGAAUGGUCACUACAUCUGUUACCGGCAACAUCCUGUCCGGCCACGAUUGGAUCCCACUAACGAUGCCGAAAACGAGCAACUUGAGCCAGACGAUGACGAUCCACUAUGUCCGGCGGAUGGUGCAAACGAGGAGCGCAGGUGGUGGCGUCUGAGCGAUGAAGAUGUGUCGGCCGUCUCGGAGGAGGGGGUGCUGGCUCAGGGUGGUGUGUUCAUGCUUUUCUACGAACGCGAGGACACACGAGUGCUGCCAACGGCGACUGAAGCCCCGGAAGCUGCGUUUCCCGAACGCCAGACUGCUCAGUUGAGUGCUGCUACUGAGGCUGCCGGGAUGGGGCUAAAGGCAGCAGAAGCAGCACCAGUCGGUAUCUGUCCUGACGAUACUGAUACCGAGUCGACACUCCUCAUACCCGACAUAGCACCUUUUGCCAUGAGGUCUGAGUCACAUGGACCAGAUCGGAACAUAGAGGCCGAAGGCUCAUCAGAUAAUGGCACCAUCCCUCCAUCUGCCGAUACAUGGACCCCCCCUGCCGUCGAAGGGCAGGAGAAGAAAGCCAGCAAUGAACCCGAGAUGACGAAAGAACCGCCUCUGAAUAUUGCCAGGGACUCGAUGCCACUUUCGACAUCUCCCAGCAAGACUACGCCGCCAUUCAUGCGCACGGCACGACAUCCUUCGGACUCUCACCAUGGACCGGGUAAAGACAGGGGUUUUGGUGGAAGUGGGUUCAGGCCUGUGGCUGCGACUUGA